AUGGAGAGUGAUGGCUUCCAACUUGUUAAGGGUGGGCGUAAAGUGAAAAAAGUAAGUGGGGUUCGAUCGUCCGUUUAUGUAGACAUAUUUAAUGAUGUAUCAGUUGAAGAAAUUGAGACCUUAAUGCAGCACGCUUUCAAAAAAAUGGAAAACUCACGUUUUCGACAGUUCGUUGUGAAUUCUAUAUCUGCUAUCCUCGCAGAUGCCGGAAGUGAUUGUUAUGUCAGUCAAAUAAGGGCAGUUGGUGUUGGGCACUUCUGCUUAAAAGGAACACACAGUUAUGGUUGUCAUCAGUUGGCGCUGCUCGUUUUACUGAAGCACUAUUUCAACUGUGAAGUUACAUUUCAGGAACCAGUUGCUACUGAUAAUGAAAAAGUUUGGCUGCACUCACAGGGUAUCCAGUGGCAAGAAGCUACCAUGCUUAGUGAAAGCACUGCCUCUUCAAAUCCUAAAUGUUUCACGUUAUUUUACAUGCCUCACUGCGACAUCUCACUAUAUAAUAAUGUAAUCUAUGCACACCGCUCGAGGGACCUUAUUUCACAUAUCAUAAUCUUUGGAAAUGAUCUUGUCAAGUUUUAUGUCAACCCUAAAUAUGAGCAUGAACUUUCUGCUGUUGUUGCUUAUAGGGAUGCUUGCGUAUCUGUUCCACUUCCAAAUUAUGAAGGGAGUCUUUUUGCUUUCAACGACACAGCGCUUCAUUUUGUAAACAAAAAAUUUCCCAAUUUUGUCGAGUGUGAACCGCACUACGAAUUUUACAGCGCUCCUAAAGUUUGA